AAAAUUUGAAAAGUUCCACAUAAGCGACCCAAAUUGACAACACCGACUGUCAGAAUACGUGGCCCGCAGCUCUAUACAGUUGAUGUGCAGUGUUUAUAUUUUUUAUUAGUGAAUUUAGUGUUUAAAUUUAUUGGAAGUCGAAUAGACUUCAGUAAAGAUGAUGAACCCACAGUAUCCCCCGCCGGGCCAGAACAACAAUGCACCCAACAAUCCCAUGGGCUUUCCACCAACUUCCCAGGAGUACAACGGACACAUGGGCCAAAUGCCACCCAACGGACCACAGAGCGACAUGAACCAGAAGAUGCAGAACCUCAAUCUAAAUGGGCCGGGAUUCCCAAAUAUCCCCACGUCUCAAUUACCACCAGGGCAAUUCCCACCAAAUAUGCCGCCAGCCUCAAGCUACAACCAGAUGCCACCAGCUAAGCAGUUCCCUGGAAGACCACCAGUCAGCAGUGCUCAGCAGCCUCCGACCAUCAACCAGAAUUACCUACCACCAACUGUUGCAUCAGGUCAAGGCCAGAGACCCCAAGGAAUGGGUCCACCCGGACCCAUGGGUAGGCCUGGUCCGGAGCCCAGUUCAAAUUAUCCACCCCAAAUGGGCGGUCAGCCCGGCCAACAGGGAAUGCAGAAUGCUCAAAGGCAAAAUUUCCAACCUCCGAAUUCUCAGGCUGGUAUGCCUCCGAUGCCUGGGCGCGGGCCGGCACAGCAGGGCCCCCCUCACAUGCCAGGCAUGUCUCAGCCCAGCCCCAUGACGAGUCAGUCCGGCAUAUUCCAAUCGCAGCCUGGGCAGCCACCACUACCUCCAACUAGUCUUCCUUACGGCCAGCAGCCAAGCCAGCCAGGUCUUCGUCCCCCGUCCGCCCAGCCCCCCCAACCGGGACCGCCACAGUCCAGCGGUCCAUCAGAAGGUUUACCGCCGCAACCGAGCAUUCAAACGCAACCUGGAUUAAGCCAGCCGGGGCUCCCGCCUACUUCUCAACUCAAUCAACCUGGCUUACCACCGCAACCAGGGUUUCCACCACAGCCUGGUUUGGCACCACAUAGCAUGGCAUCGCAGCCUGGUUUGCCUCCGCAGCCAGGAUUACCGCCGCAACCGGGCAUGCCUCCUCAGCAAGGUUUCCCUCCGCAACCAGGCAUGCCUCCCCAACAGGGCCUACCUCCGCAACCCGGUAUGCCGCCUAAGCAAGGGUUACCGCCGCAACCUGGUAUGCCACCCCAACAAGGCUUACCCCAGCAACCAGGUUUUCCGCCACAAGGCUUAUCAGCGCAGCCGGGUUUGCCACCGCAACCUGGCAUGCCUCAACAACCAGGCAUGCCUCCACAGCAGGGUAUGCCCCCGCAACCUGGCAUGCCUCAACAACCAGGCAUGCCACCACAGCCUGGUAUGCCUCAACAACCUGGCAUGCCUCAACAGCCAGGCAUGCCUCCACAACCUGGCAUGCCUCAACAACCAGGCAUGCCUCCACAACAGGGUAUGCCGCCGCAACCAGGCAUGCCCCCGUCGUCCCAGUACAACCAGUACCAGACUCCUGGGCUACCGCACAUGCCGCCGCCGGCGUCGCAGCAGAGGCAGUUCCAAGGUCAGCCUGGCCAGGGCUUCCCGCCGCAAGCGCAGCAGCCUUAUCCAGGCAUGCCGCCGAUGCCGCAAGCCCAGGCUCAAUACCAGCAGCAGUACGGGCAGUACCCCGGCCAGCAGUACCAGCCGCCGCAGAAGCGCCUCGACCCCGACCAGAUGCCUAGCCCGAUCCAGGUGAUGGCCGACGACCAGGCGAGCCGCGGCGGCGUGUUCGUCACCAACGACAAGGGGCUGGUGCCGCCGCUCGUCACCACCGACUUCUACGUCGACGACCGCGGCAACGCCAGUCCGCGCUACAUCCGCAGCUCGAUGUACAGCGUGCCCGUCACCGCUGAUCUGCUCAAGCAGACCUCCAUGCCGUUCUGCUUAGUCCUAUCCCCGAUGGCGGAGACAGUAGGCACGGAGUCGGAGCCCCCGCUGCUGGACUUCGCGGCGCUGACGGGCUGCCCCACGACGGGCCCGGUGCGGUGUCAGCGCUGCAAGGCGUACGUGUGCCCCAACAUGAAGUUCAUAGACGCCGGACGACACUUCCGAUGCGCGUUCUGCAAGGCCACUACUGAAGUGCCGAUGGAGUACACGCAAUACAUCAACAGCAUGCAGCAGUAUGGGCGCGUUCCCGCUGAGCUCGCGCUCGGUGCGUACGAGAUCGUCGCCACUAAGGAGUACUGCAGAAAUAACACCCUUCCCAGCCCUCCGGCGCUGGUAUUCGUGCUGGACGUAUCAUACAACGCCGUCAAGUCGGGUCUGCUGCAGACUGUUUGUGACAACGUGUUGAGUAUUAUCGAAGCGAUACCGAAGGACGAAGUGACGGGCAAGAGUUGCACGCGAGUCGGUUUCAUCACAUACAGCUCCACAGUACACUUCUAUAACAUCAAGGGUACUCUAGCGCAGCCCCAGAUGCUGUCUGUCGGCGACGUGGGCGACAUGUUCGUGCCGCUGCUGGAGGGUUUCCUGGUGACGCGCGAGGACAGCGGCGCGGUGCUGGAGGCGCUGCUGCAGCAGAUGCCCGCGCUCUUCCGCGACAACCGCGAGACCGAGACCGUGCUGCUGCCGGCUGUGCAGGCGGGUCUUGAAGCGUUAAAGGCGGCGGACACGUCCGGCCAGCUGAUAGUCUUCCACACGACGCUGCCGACGUACAACGCGCCCGGGAAACUCAUCAACAGGGAGGACAGGAAACUACUAGGCACGGACAAGGAGAAGAAUAUACUCAGUCCGCAGACGACGGCGUACAACGAGCUGGGCGCUGCGUGCGCGGCGGCGGGCGUGUGCGUGCAACUGUUCACGGCUCCCAACGCGUACAUCGACGCCGCCACGUUAGGCCAGCUUCCACGCCUCACAGGCGGACAGAUAUACAAGUACACGUACUUCACGGCGGAGACGGACGGCGCGCGUCUGAUGUCUGACGUGCGGCGCGUGUGCACGCGCAACACGGCGCACGACGCGGUCAUGCGCGUGCGCACCAGCACGGGCGUACGCGCCACAGACUUCUACGGACAUUUCUUCAUGUCCAACACUACGGACGUCGAGCUCGCUGCCAUCGAUCCCGACAAGGGUAUCGGCGUUGAGAUCAAACACGACGACAAGCUCACAGCGGAGGACGGCGUAUACAUACAGGCGGCGCUGCUGUACACGCACCGCACGGGCGGCCGACGCCUGCGCGUGAUCAACUUAGCUCUCAACGUCGCACCGCAGUUGGCCGACGUGUAUAGAUCUGCGGAUUUGGAUGCGGCCAUCAACUUCCUUACUAAACAAGCGGUAUGGGCAUUACGGGACGUACCGCCGCGCGCCGUACGUGAAGGGCUAACCGCUCGCUGCGCGCGUUCUCUCGCCGCGUACCGCCGGCAUUGUGCGUCACCAUCGUCCGCCGGCCAGCUUGUGUUGCCGGAGUCUAUGAAGCUAUUACCGCUGUACACGAGCUGCUUGUUACGGUCUGACGCGCUGUCUGGUGGUCCGGACAUAUCGUGCGACGAGCGGUCGUGCGCGAUGCACCGCGCGCUCGCGGCGGACGUCGCGCGCUCGGUGGUGUACACGUACCCGCGCCUGCUGCCGCUGCACGUGCUGCCCGCGCGCGCGCCCGCCCCCCUCCGCGCCUCCAUAGACAAGAUGACAGACGACGGCGUGUACUUGCUCGAGAACGGCGUGCAUAUGUUGAUUUGGGUGGGCAGCGCGGCGUCGGGGAGCUGGGUGCGCGACGUGUUCGGCGUGCAGUCCCCGCAACAUAUCGACCCGCAGGUGUGCGAGUUACCCGACCUGGACACUGACGCGAGCAAGGCGGUGCGGGCGGUGGUCGAGGACGCGAGGAGGCUGCGCCGGUCCGCUAUGCGGUUAACGGUGCUGCGACAACACGACAAGAUGGAGACGGUGCUGCGUCACUUCCUAGUCGAGGACCGCGGAGUUGACGGCGCGGCGUCAUACGUCGACUACCUCUGUCAUAUACACAAGGAGAUCCGCGCGCUGCUAUAGUGCUAACACGUGACAUGACGAGUCAAACGUCAGUGACACGACGAGCCAAACGUCACGCGAUAUCGCGUGGUCCGAAAAUUUACUGAAAUUAUUGAAUUGUAACGUCGAGACUGCACUACGCGACACGACAUGACGCGACAGUUUACUUUCCAUAGAACUGCCAUUACAAACGUCAGUUCUAUACAACGUGAAGUCGCAUAAUACGCUACAGCAGAACGACGCGACACGGCACC